GAAAAUAUAAGUUGAGAAACAAGAAAGAAAAGCAGGGUCUUAUCUUCAGAAAUCCCCAAAAAUCUCCCCAGCCCAAAUUUCACAGUUCAAGAACAAGUUCUCACUUCUACUCAGCCUAAACCCUACACUAGAACUCCAUAGCAGAACCAUGCUACUCCAACCCACAACCCUGAAGAUUCCUCCAAAUUAUCACCACCAAAACUCAAACCCAAUCUCGUUCUCAUCUGGGCUUCUACAAAAUUCAACCUUUUUUCUAAAACAACCUAUUUUAUCAAUCAGUCGUAAAACCCAUAAGAAUCCAGCUUUUGUUGCAUGCUCAUCGAUAUCACAGGUUCACAGCUAUGGAACAGUUGACUACGAGAAGAGGCCAAUGCUGAAAUGGAAUGCUAUAUACAAGAAAAUAUCCAUGCUGGAGAACCCGAAUAUGGGGUCUGCUUCUGUGUUGAAUGAGGUGGAAAAUGAGGGCAAGAGGCUCUCCAAAUGGGAGCUUUGUAGAGUUGUGAAGGAGCUCAGGAAGUUCAGGCGCUACAGAUUUGCUCUUGAGGUUUAUGAGUGGAUGAAUAACAGGGCAGAGAGUUAUAGGAUAACCACAAGUGACACUGCUAUUCAGCUGGAUUUGAUUGCUAAAGUUCACGGGAUUUCAAGUGCUGAAAAAUAUUUCAUGAAGUUGCCAGAUGCCUUGAAAGACAAGAGAAUAUAUGGCUCUCUUCUGAAUGCGUAUGUCCGUGCAAGAAUGAGGGAAAAAGCUGAAUCUCUAAUGGAUAAAAUGAGGGAUAGAAGUUAUGCUAGUCAUGCACUUCCAUUCAACGUGAUGAUGACGCUCUAUAUGAACCUUAAAGAUCAUGAAAAGAUUGAGUCGCUGAUAUCAGAAAUGAAGGAGAAGAACAUAGCAUUAGAUAUUUAUACCUACAAUAUUUGGUUGUCAUCCCGCGGAUCUCAAGGAUCUCUAGAGAAAAUGGAACAAGUUUUCGAACAGAUGCAGCUGGACCCGACCAUCAAUCCCAAUUGGACCACCUUCAGCACAAUGGCAACAAUGUACAUUAAGCUGGGUCACCUUGAGAAGGCUGAAGACUGUUUGAAGAAAAUUGAAAGUAGAAUAACUGGUCGGGACCGUAUGCCAUAUCAUUAUCUUAUUAGCCUCUAUGGCAGUGCUGGUAAUAAAGAGGAGGUUUAUCGGGUGUGGAACACUUACAAGGCUUCCUUUUUCAAUAUUCCAAAUUUGGGCUACCACACUGUGAUCUCUGCACUAGUCAGAAUCAAUGACAUAGACGGGGCUGAGAAGAUCUACGAUGAAUGGCUUUCAGUGAAAUCAGUUUAUGACCCUAGAGUCGGAAACCUUCUAUUGAGUUCGUAUGUCAGGAAAGGGCUUUCUCAAAAGGCUGAAACUUUUUUCGACCAAAUGAUUGAGGUGGGAGGAAAACCAAAUUCAAUGACUUGGGAGAUCCUUGGAGAAGACCACAUCCGAAAUAGGAGGAUUUCAGAGGCAUUAUCUUGCUUGAAAAAUGCUGCUUCAGCUGAAGGCUCAAAGACCUGGAGACCAAAACCAAUAAACGUCUCGUCCAUUCUCAAGAUUUCUGAGCAAGAAUCCGAUACGGCAACCAAGGAUGCCUUACUAGAGGUACUGAGGCAAACAGGGUGCCUUGACGACGUAAGCUAUAUGUCGUAUAUUCCCAUAUCAGACAGUGGGACAAUUACCAGCCAUGAUCCAACAAUAGAGGAUAGAGCCGAUAAUGAUGCUGGCGACCAUGGAGCUUAUCAACUUCUCGACCAACUUCAGGAGAGCUUGUAAGGAAGCAGUUUUCUGGUCACAUGACAAUGGUAUAUCACAUGCAACAUAGGCAUUGCCUCAGCAAGAUUAUCUUUAGGUAAGUUUUCGUGGUAGCGGUAAAUAUCGAGUUUAUUAAGAUACUGCUCAUUGAGCACCGAGAGCGAAUUUUGGAUUCCCCCAGCUUUAAUCUUUUACGUGCUUUACAGAUGAGCCCUUAUUGAUUAUGAAUACGGCUGUCAACUUAGUUUGUGGAACAACCGAUAUUCUGUUCAUAUUAUCACAUACACUGAAAAAUCUCAUGGAUGGUGAACAAAAUGCUAUGCCUGAAUGACAUGCAUGAUGGAGAAUAUAUAAUUUGAAAGGUAACAGUUCGAGGCGAGUUUUGUCUUGCUGUUAAGGAUGUAUUAACUCUACUUGUCUGAUGUUCAUGAAUCCCAUUUGUGCAUCUUUAGGACAAUGGUUUCUGAGUCCUGUAUCCUAAGUCACUCUGGUGUCAAAAUUUGAGACGACCUCGAAGGUGUAACUUAUAAACUGACUGAUUUCGAUGGAGCUGAAGUUGUUGGCUUCAAA